AUGCAGCUCCUUUCCAUUCUUGCCCUCGCCCUUUCCUUCUCUGGAGCCGUGCUCGCCGUCCAAUGCGACGACAAGAAGACGCUCUCGCAGACCGUCAUAGGCGCGAAUAAGGACGUCAGCGUCCAAGUCGUUCACUGCUCCAACACUAUCACGCCCGUUGCCGACACCAUUGCUGUGCGCGAUGUCCCCGUCCUCGAGAAGCGCCAGGCGAACGUCUGCGGAGCAACCUGCACCACCAACUGCUUCACUCCAUCGGGAGGAGGUCCUGACCCGAACGAGUGCAACGUCAUCGCAGACGCGCUGCUCUACGACAGCCAGAACAUCGGGCCGCUCUUCACGAUGGACCCCGCUCAAAAUUCGUCUCUGAUCGUCAUGACGUAUCGCAGCUGCGAAACUUUUAUAGUCAACCAGGCCAACACAUCGCUGCAGUACUGUCGCAGUGACUGGUCUUCCCUUGUCGAUUAUAUCGCGUUCAACUGUCAAUCGACUGAGAACGCGCAUGGUGGCAACUGCGUCGCGAGUGACCAGCGGUGGUUCGUGCAGGUCCAGCACUCGUAA